AUGGGUUCCGUCGUCAUUCCUCAUCUGGUCACUGGCUGGCACGUCGACCAAGCCAUUCUCUCCGAAGACGAACGCCUGGUGGUCAUCCGCUUCGGCCGUGACUGGGAUCCUGACUGUAUGCGACAAGAUGAAGUCCUCUACAAGAUCGCCGACAAAGUCAAGAACUUCGCUGUCAUCUACGUCUGCGACCUCGACCAAGUCCCGGACUUCAAACAGAUGUACGAGCUCUACGAUCCAGUGACCAUCAUGUUCUUCUUUCGCAACAAACACAUGAUGUGUGAUUUCGGCACUGGCAACAACAACAAGCUGAACUGGGUUCUCGAAGACAAACAAGAGCUUAUCGACAUUAUUGAAACGAUCUACAAAGGCGCCAAAAAGGGACGAGGCUUGGUGGUCUCACCGAAAGACUACUCAACAAGAUACAGAUACUAG